AAUAAAGAUCCUAGCAGUAAAAAGAAAGCCAAAGAGAAGGUUGUAGAAAAGGUGGUGGAAGAGGGGCAACCUCAACGCAAAAUCAACGUUGUUGAGGAUGGAGGGACAAUGAUGGCUCUUGAGAAUCUUCUAGAAGAUACCUCUGAAUCAUCUGAUACUAUCAAGGAAGAUGAUGAAUCGAAAAAGGCAUCGGAGUCAGCUGGAGACGAUAGUGCAUCACAUAAUAAUCCAGAGUCAACGGGCGAAGCUGAUAAGGAGUCAAACAGUUCAGCAUCUCAAAAAAGAACAAUCGAUGCUGUUGAAGACGAGGACGAUGAUGAUCUGAGCUCUCUUGAGGAUGAGCCGCUAAAGAAGAAACGCAAGGCUGGUAAACCCGUUGGUAAAUCCGCUGUUAAAACCGUUGUUAAAACAGUAAAUAAUAAAGCAGGGAACGUUGAAAAGGAAGACAAAAAAAUCAAAAAUCUCAAAUCAUUAAUUAAUAAAUGUGGAGUACGUAAGACUUGGGCAAAAGAAUUGGUAGAUUGUAAGACAAACCUUAGUAAAAUCCGCAAAUUGAAACAAAUACUUGUAGAUUUGGGCGUUGAAGGGCGUCCGACACUCGAAAAGUGCAAGAAGGUAAAAAAACGCAGAGAACUCGAAGCCGAACUAAGAGCCAUGAGUGCUGAAAACAUCAUCUCUGAUGAUGUAAAAGAAACCCGGAAAGCACGCGCAUCUAGAGGCAUUUUUAAUGCCGCACGUCGUCGGGUUUCUCGUGCUACCCGGUCUUUACCAGAAAGCGAUGACGCUGCCUCAAGAGAUAAAGAUUCGGAUGACAGUGAUUCGGAUGACAAAGGUUCAGAUGACAGGGAAUCAGAUGAUAGGGAUUCAGAUGACAAAGUUUCGGAAGACAGAGAUUCGGACAAAGAUUCAGAUGAUAACCAUUUAGGUUCCGAGUGA